AUGGGACUCGAAGCGAUGGUACGUAGCGACAAAGAAAUUGCACCAGCAUUUCCCUCCGUCGGAGACGACAGAGACUCCGAUACACCUUCUUUUGUGCAACUCGUUGCUAACGUGCACUUUGUGCCACGCCGACGCGUCCCAGUUAUGCCACUUGUGCUCAAUCGGACCAAAACAACAGCCGAUAUCAAGCGGACUGCGCCGCCGGAUGGUGCCGAAAACAACGUCCACGACGAAACCAGUCCAACGGAGUUGUCCGCAUCCAGUUGUACGCCGACUGCGACACCGACACGCGAAAGCCACGUUGCUAACGCGAACAUUGCGACUCCCGACACCGAAGAAUGGGAAUGCGAUGCAACGCCUCUCUUGCUGCGACGGAUGCGGUCGCUAGAUAUAGACUGGUCGGAUACGAGUCCGUUCCCAUCACGACAGAGGCCCAACAGACUCGAUGACGAUAUAGAAACGGCGUCGAUGUUGUCAAUGGGGUCUACCAGUUUUGUGUCAUCAACGCCACGACGCAAUCCAACUCGGCCCCGUAAUCCAAUUGCGGUGAUUGUGACGACACCCGAUUUUCCAUCGACUCGCUGUCGGCGUGCUUCCAAUACGAAUACACACAGUCCCAGCGACUCCGUAUUUGACCGGUUGUACCAGCACGGCCGUGCAAAAAUACGUGCCGAACGGGAACGAUCGACACAGUACCCAUCGCGAACGACAAAUAGGUCUGCAAAUACGUUCCGUCAGCGUGGGUCGAGUGGAAUGUCAAUUAUUUCCAGUGAUUCGCCCCUGCAUCCGAGUGAAGACUCCAUAUACGAACGUUUAUAUCGCAACGAAACUCGAUCCCCACGUCGACUUUCCACCUGGUCGCCGAGUGAUUCGUCUUCACUGCAAUCCAGCACAUCUUCCUGGCAACGAAGACUAGAUUACACUCCGCCAAUGGACGUUCGGAAAAGGAGACAACGUUCUCGUCUGACAUCAAGGUCCGCAAAUUCCACAAAUGCUUCUACAGCGGAGGCAACUGUCAACGCGAACUCUGUUUUUGAACGAUUGUACCGUCGGGAACCCCGGCCUCGAUCCAACUUGUACAGUUUACCCAUUCAUCAACGGAGACUUCCCAGCGUGAACGGCACUAAACGACAGAUAACCGAGUCAAUAGGCUGCUCGGCAGCUUCUCACCCAGAGAAUCCAAGUGAUUCCGAACUUGAAUUGUUGGCGCACGAGAUAUCGCUGCUAACCAAAGAAGGACACGUGACUGACGACGGGUCGACUUCGACGACGACGAGGAAAGAUUCCGAGCUGUCCAUGUUAGCCCAGGAAUUGGCUUUGCUUGCUGACGGACUAGAAGAUGAGGACUCGGAGGAUAUGAGGGGUUUUGAGCUGGUUGAGCCAAAUCUUUCUUCCACGUGGUGGAUUGAAUCGCAGAUAAUUGCUUUGCAAGCUGCUUGGAGAUUGCGACAAAGACGUGCUGCUUUGAACCGCGAAAGAAAGUAUGCAAUCACAAUUCAGGCGUAUUGGAGAGUCUAUCAGGUGCGCAAGCAAAGAUGGCUGGCCUUUACAAAAAUAUUGGAAAUUCAGAAAGUCAUCAGAGGAUAUCUCGCCCGCCAAAUGUUUAGGAAUAUGAUAAAUCGAUGGAAUGGCGACAGACAUGAAGUCGCUUCGAUUUCAGUUCUGCAGCGUGCUUGGCGUUCUUUAUCAGCAAGGCAAAAAUUUCGUGGCACGAAGCUUUCCGUUUUAAAGGUUCAAGCGACUUGGCGAAUGUAUGUUCAGAGAACUUCAUACCAAGAUAUUUUGGAAAGGUUGGAAAAUGAAUCCUUUAGAUCAUUAUUUGGGAAUUCCAAAACUUUGCACGACAACGAUGAUUUUAUCGGUAGCCAUAUAUCCGAUAGAGCAAACGUUGACCGUUUCCAAAUCCUGCGCACAAUCGAAACCAAGAUACACGAGCGUAUCCCGUGAAGAUCCAGUCUGUAUGGCGUGGCCACAAAAGUCGCCUUGUGUUGCCUCAGCAGCUGAGUGCUUGUCGAUUCGCUGCAUCUAUAGUGAGUAUCCAAAGCUGGUGGAGAAGUUAUUCUACUAGAAGAGAUUUACAAUCACUGGAGAAAGCAGCAGUUAAAGUUCAAUCCAUUUGGAGAAUGCACUCUCUCCUUGGAUACCUCAAGAUCAGGAAUGCCUCCAGUACCGUGAUUCAGUCGGCAUAUCUUGGUUAUGUUUUGAGAUUAUGUUUGUUUCGAAGAAGGGCGGCCAUUCGAAGAUUAGAGCAGAGAUAUAUUAAGAGACUUCGCAGAACCCAUCAGGUCCGAGAAAAUUAUGCGUCAGCAAUCCUCCAAAGUUGCUGGAGAAUGCAUACAAUAAGGGAUGACUACGUGUACCUUCGAUACAAUUCUAUUAUGGUUCAGUCAUUUAUAAGGAAAGCUGUGGUUCGUACCAGAUUCUUGAAAGAACUGGCAGCCAUUAUAACCAUCG